UUUUUUAGAUAAUUAUAUUGAAAAAGCACGAAAUGGAAUCUACAGAGCCAUCAAAAUCAAAGAAAGAUAGCCAAAAGGUGCGUAAGAAUAGACAAAAGGCUAGAAGGGAGUUCUUAGAGUCUAUGAGUAAAGAAGAAAGAGAGGAGUUUCUUCUAAAAGAAAAAACAGAGAAACUACAGCAAACUAAAUAUGAGCAAAAAUUACUAGACAAUAUGCACACCUUUCCAAAAGUAUACUUUGACUGUUCCUUUUGAGAUACUUUGGUGUUUAAGGAGCUCAAAUCACUUAUUUUACAAAUUAAUUGCUGUAUCAAGACUAUGAAGAGCUGCAAAAUGACUGAUCUUUCUGAGGCAGAAGCUGAUCAAGAACCCUUAGUCUAUUCUAUUAAUAUCACAUCCUACAAGGACAAUCUUCAAGAAACAUGGGAAAGAUGUGGAGUUUCAAAAUUUAUACAUUCAAAGACCCCUGAAGACAUUGAAUCCAUUUCUUUGACUAAUGCAAUUUAUUUAUCUCCUGAUGCUACAGAAGACCUUGAGGAUUUUGAUCCAUUAACAACAAAUUUUAUAAUAGGAGGGAUAGUUGACAGGACAGUUUCUUCGAAGUUAACUCUAAACAAGGCCAAUAGUAUUAAUCCAGAUGAGCAACUUCAAUGCAGGAGACUUCCAUUGCAAAAGUACUUAGAUAAAAAGUCUAAGUUUGUAUUGAACAUCAACACUGUUUAUGAAAUCUUACUUAGGUACUGUAACAGCCGUAAUUGGGAAGAAGCCAUCCUUCAGUCUGUUCCAAUGAGAAUCAGGGGUUAAAACAGCCAUUAAUACUAGAGAGGAUAAAUCUCAGACCAAUUGAGAGUUUGUUAUUCUAGCUUAAUCAAUUCAAUUUUGUAAAAAC